UGAGUAGCACACGAUAGCAUUGCACAGACGAAAGACAAACGAAAAUCAGAAAUGGCGACGAAUAUGUACAUGUUGUCAUUCAGCAUGCAUGAAAUGGAUAAAGCAGAUAUUGACUGUAGAAUCAAUUCGUGAACUGAUAUAUGGGAAAGGGAUUUAUCAGUUCACCAAUAGCAAUCAUGAGCGUCGUAAUAUCACCCAAAGUUUCAAAGGACCUCUACGAAGCAGCCCGAGUGGGGGAUAUUCUGGAAAUACGAAGACUGUUACAAGAUUUAACGUUUCGGGAAGCAAGGAGAGUUCUAGAACACAGUUCCAUCGUGGUCGAACCGGUACUCAACAUCGCUGUUCAUUUCAAACACGAGAAUGUAGUCCGUGAUCUUGUGGAAUACUUUGGGGUCACUGUCGACGCGAAGUCUGAUGAGGAGUCGUCACCUUUGAUGCAGAGUGUUCUUGGUGGCAAUGUGGGCAUUCUUCGUAUCAUAAGCAAGAAGCUGAAGUAUCCCGACCGAGGGUAUCCCAUACAUCGGGUAUGUGGAGGAGAAACACCGAAUGGCAUACAGGUCCUGAAGAUUCUUAUACACAGUGGAGCCAACAUCAAUCUGAAGAACCAUAAAGGUCUUACUCCUUUGAUGAUUGUUUGUCAGAAGAGAAAUUCACAGGCACAGGACAUGGUCAAGAUUCUCCUGCAGGGAGGGGCAAUGGUAAACAUUUCGUCGCCUGAUGGCAACACCGCUCUUCAUUUUGCUAUUCAACAAACGGAUGAAAUGUUGAAGGAAUUGGCUUGGGACAGACUGAAUGUGUUGAAGUGGUUGGUGAAAGCCGGAGCAAAGCUGAAGCCGAAUAACCUUGGUCUCACACCACUUCAUCUUGCUUGCCUCAAAGGCAAUGCUGAAACCCUCACGUUCCUUUCGAAUAGCUUUUCUGUAGAUGAUGCCGAGUUGGCUGACUACCAUGAACUACUAGCAUCUUCUCUGUACUUCAAUAAAAUCAAACGUGAUGGGAAAUUCUCUAUAAUAUGCAAAAUAAACGAGACCCAUUGCAAGGCAUUUAAGCACUUGGAGAUUGGCAUGAAAUUGCGAACGUCACACGAGACGCCAUUGUGGAAGUUCACCAACCAGAUACGAGAGGAGGGGCUUCUCUAUCACGUCGAGACACAAACCUUUGAAGAAUUACAUGCUCUUAAGAAUCACGGGGAAGGUCUUCUUGUGGAGUUGAUUCUGGCCAGACAAAGGGUUCUUCCCUCAAAGGCAUACGAGGAUCACCUGAUGCCCUUGAUCAUUGAGUAUUACUUAUACUUGAAGAACAAACAUCACUACAGUCAAGCAAUAUCGCUAUUGACGCACAAGAUGCGCCUGCAGCUUCAGUUAACGCAAAGAAAGUUUGAGCACACCAUUAUCUUUCUUCUCGGAUUGUUCCGAUCUUAUAGACAUAGUUCACAAUGGGCCCGGAAAGAUGAUCAGAAAAUUGCAGAGGCAGUCAUAACUUUCAUUGAAGAAUGUUAUGAAAGCGAGCCAUCGGAGAAGCGAUUUCUUCUGCGUUGGUUGUAUCUCACACAAAUGCACCUGUUAUAUCUAUGCCUCUGUAACCCGUCAAUUGGCUCUUCAGAUAUAGAGAAUAUCCGUGGAUUAACCAAGAGGUUUCUAUCUGUCACAAGAGCCAUCAAAAAGUCAGUACUAGCCACCUAUGAUCACUGUGAGGAUGCAUACCUGUUUGGAUCGUGUACGAGCGAACCCUUUCGGGCAGUGGUAGGAGACAAUUCCCUUCACGUUGCUUGCAGACACAUCCCAAAAGAUGAAUCCAACUCAAAUGACGACAGGAACUGUACUUGCAGCUUUGACCACCCAACACGUCUUUCGGCACUCCUUGAAAUACUACAUUCAUGCGGUGAGGAUAUCAAUGCCAUAAACUCUGAAGGCAAAACACCAUUGAAGGUACUCUUGGAUAGGCACUCAACGGCCAUGACGGUAGAAUGUCGGCUGGCAGUUCAGACGCUUCUGAUUGAGGGUGCCGAUCCUGACGUGAAAGACAAGCUAGAACAGACCGCUCUCAAUUCUGUUCUCGUUGGCUACCUGUCUCCAAGCUGUGACAUCACUUGCUACAUUGAACUAAAAACUGUCCUGAUACUGCUGCUCAAGAGUGGUGCAGAUCCGAACGCUCAGGACAAAAGAGGGUAUACCCUUCUUCACCACUUAAUGGAGAUCUACAACCAAGGGGUAGGACAAGGUAUCCAGAGUAGCCAUCAGACAGCCAGCGAUAACAACGGAUUCUCUUUUCAAGAAUUUGUAGAGAUUCUUCAAAGCUUCGGAGGUUCGGCGGAUCUCUUUACUCAGAAUGGCAGAUCUGCCCUUGACAUGUGCAAAGAUGAAGCCGUAGAAAGCCAGAUGAGAUUAAGGCUUCUUGACGCCAAGAGAAAUUGGAUGACUCUAGCACGGAUUGCCGGUAGAACAAUUCGGUUGCAGAAGGUUCCCUAUCGCCAGGUAGCCCCAACGACCCUCGUUCACGUGAUAGAAUUGAAGACUUGACGUUUCCGGACACAGCAAUAAUUAUGUGCACUCGAAUGCAAAUAUGAACAUCAAUAAGUAUAAUGGAAAACAAUGUUGCUCCGAAGUAUGAAGUAUAUAGCGGUGAAGUCAAAUUGAAUAGGUGUAAUGGAUGCUGAGAAAAUAAUGUAAUGUAAGACUUCUUUAAAAUGCGAUUUCUUGAUGUGCAAUAUACCCUAUUAUGAUUAAGAUAAUGAUUGUUGAACAAUUGCAUUCAUGUUUUACCAUUAUGAAUUUAAAAGUGGAACAAUUAAAAAGGAGAUAGUACGAACUGAUGGCAAAGAGAUUGAAAUGGGAGAAUGUGAAAGAGUGUGGCUCACGAUUACAUGGAUUAGGGAAAGCUGGUUGAAAAUGAAAUGAUUCAAGAGGUGCUAAAACUCUUGUCCUUGAGACCUGUGCACCUAAUGUGAAAUCUCGUCAUCAUAACCUAGCAUUAACUUAAAGAAAAAAAAUCAAACAAUCAACAUUGAUUAGGCCUACUUGUGACCAUCAUAACAGAUGGAUGAUUCAAUCACUGGGGGAUACAGGGGGGGGGCACAGCCGGCCCGUGGCCCCCCCUUUUUUUGAGAGGCAUAAGUAAAAUGUGUAAUGCAAAAAUACCGUUAAAACAGAAGUUUGCCCCCCCCCCCCCCUUCAAAAAUGAAGACCUUUUUUUCCUCGGGGAAAAUGUGCCCCCCUUUUGAAAAAUCAUGGAUCCGUCCCUUGGACUCAAUAGUAAUCAGCUUUUCAAUCCUGAUGCUAGUUAUUUUAUUGAUGUACUAAAAGAACCAUGGUUAUUCAAGAAAAUGAUAUAGUAUCUUGAAUAGUGUAGAAAUUUGAUGAUUUCAUUCAAUUUAUUUGUUGGUUUAACUUUCUUAAUAUUACACAGCAUCAGUUAAUUAAACGAUGAUAAAAUGAGAAGCAUAUACUGAAUUAUAUUUCACAUAUCAGUUGUAUAUUUUUUCUUAAAACUAUAAUGCACACAAAUUAUGUUGAUGUUGACUGAAUCAUAAUACACAAAUUUAUCUGUCAAGUAUUAUAGUUGAGAGUAGAAUAAUUCAUGGAUAGUUUCUGCGCUCUAUUUAGAUGUAAUGUUGAUUCAUGGAAAAAUGUGUAUAUGGUAGAAUUGAGCAUUCCCUGUUGGAGCUGUUCGUUUCAAAACGUGUAAUAAGUUGCGUACCAGAGAUAUAUUCUAUAUUAUAUAAUUUUUUAUUCAGAGGAUAUUUAUAUUUUCACCUAACUUUAUAGACUGCAGAGCAGGACUCUUUGCUUGAUGGCACGCCACAUGUAUAUUAUAGUGCUACAGUCAGGUCAAUGAAACAUCUCCAAAUCGACCGAUUGGUAAAAACCUAAUAGAUUUGGUCGGUUUCAUUUCAUUUCGUUUUGUUUCAUAUAAUUUCGUUUCAUUUCAUUCUAAUUUUAAUUUUUAUUUCAUUUCGUUUCUUUCUAUUCCCAACGUUAACAAUUGUUUUUAUACGUCUUGAUAAUUGUAAGCAAUAAAACAGAGCAGGUGUCCUAAGUACAAAAAUAUAGUCGACAUUAUUAUAAAAAAAGAAGAAAAAGGUUUAGAAUAGAGGUGGCU